AAAACCCCCAAUCGUGCAGGCCGUAUUGGAAGAAGCAGAAUCGACACAGCAUCGACACAGCAGAUAUAAUACUCGCAGAAGCAAGUUCAAUAUUAACCAAAAGUUAUCAAUUAGGUCGUGAAAAUGUUAUCUCAAAUUUCUAAAUCAAGUAUUCGUACAUUAUCAUUCCAAAAUGUUGCUAUCAGAUCAUUUUCAAGCUCUAUGGCCAGAAGAAACUUGCUCCAAGACUUGUACAUCAACGAAUUAAAAGCAUACAAACCAACUCCAUUGUCUGCUGCAGAUGCUGAAGGAAAUGUCAAACCAUUUACUUUACCUGCUGCUCCAAAAGUCCCAUCUCCAGAACUAGAUUUGAGUACCGAUUUAGAUGCUUUUAAAGCCCAAGCAGUUGAAACCGAAUCCGCAACACAUGAAGUUUCUGCCUCUUCUGAAAAUGCCGCUGAUGACUGGUUUGUAUUAGAAGAACUUCCAUCUGGAUUACACCACCACUAAGUGCAAACUUGAUACACUAUAAUUCAAUACACUACAAUUCAAUACAAUUCAACUGAUAUUUAAUUUAUUAUAAUGACUUCAAGAAACUUUUAUAUCUAUCAUAAAAAAUUGAUGUGGGAAUGGCCAGUUUUCAUACUAUCGCUCUGAAAAAUCAAUUCUGCAUUACAAACUAGUUUUCAAUACAUAUUCUAUUUAGUUCUAGCAUUUCUACAAUCCCAUUUCCAACAGUCUCUACUCCCAUGGUCUCUACUUCCAUGUAAAUGAGACCCAUCUCAACAGAGCCACUUGCUCACGUGCUCAAACCUAUCUGAAGGCACGAGGAUACUA